UUACAAUCCUAUCUUUGAUUUGUGUUUCUCAAACACUUAUUAUUUUCAUACCAUCCAAUGAUAAUGGAUAAACUAAAUAACCAAAACUUUCAUCAUCAUCCUCAUGAACAUGAACAAGAUCCAUGUUCCUCUAUUGAAGAAGCUUCAACAAUCUCAAAUCUAUCAUCAUCAACAACAACAACAUGUUCUUCCUCUUGUUCAUUUGACACAACAGAUGAUGCUUCUUCAUCAAACUCCAGUAGAUCUUCUUUGUAUGAUAUGUCUGACCUCAUGUCUCACCUACCCAUCAAGAGAGGGCUUUCAAAGUUUUAUCAUGGAAAAUCAGACUCUUUUACAUCUCUUGCAAGAGUCACAAGCAUAGAAGAUAUUCCCAAAAAAGAAAAGAUGUUACACAAGAAGAAGAUGAAGAAAAGCUACAGAUCUCACACGCUUCCUAAACCUAUCAUCUCAAAGAAAAAUUCCAGAAAGAAGAAGUUUGUUAAUAGCAUCAUCAAGAAUUGAGUAAUCUUACGUUGUUAAUUAAGAGUGUAUAUAAAGUUUUGGUGCAAAUAUAAGCCUUUUUUUUGCUCUUCAGUUAUGUACUUGAUAACUAACUACAUACAUAAACUUAUUCGGUUUCAUAGUUA